GUCUCGAAAGGCCAGCAGCCAGUAGACCUCGAGCCUUGCCACUCCUCCACAUUCUUCGAGCUUUAGAUCCUCUUCGGCGAGAUUCUUUGCACGUUCGCAGCCCAAAAAAUCUUUCCUGGAAACUUUAUUGGCGAUAAUUGUUGUCGAUCGUGAUUUGCGAGAUAUUUAGAUCUACUAAUUGGCAUAAGAAAAUAUGGAUGCGCGCACAGUGUGACGUGCUUCCUGAGGAAGUAAUUGACAGACAUUGUUUGAUGAUCACGGCAUAAUAGCGCGGCCGGAGAUGAUUCUGUGCCGUGAAUUGCUCUUCACUUGCCCUGGAGAGGUUGCAAGCGGAGAGGGUGUGGAGGGGCAGUGGAGCCUGGACCGGGAGUAGAGGGGGACAUGGAGGACCGAUCCAUCCCGACUGCGUUGUAGAUUUACACCAAACCUUCAUCUGUUGGUUGCAAAUUGACAAUCUCUCGUGGAAGGAAUAAUACCGGGACAGGAUUGCUGAAACAACAGUGAUGACAACGCGGUGUUGGUGAAAUUUGGUGAUAGUUCUGGUUGUGCAGAGCAGGAUAUAGAGGAGGAUUUUGAAAUGCUCUGAAGAUUCCGUUGAACUAUCUUCAUCUUGGAGCUCGGCCUGUUGCCCUGGCGAAGAUGGUCGUUGUCAGCUAACAAGCGAUGUGCUUACCUUUUCGGAAUGAUAUAAUUCUAAGGAGUGGCUUUUUACGUUGAUUUGUGGCUGAUUUGCAUGCCGACGAUGUCCUCGUGGAAGAACUUGUAGAAACGAAUGAUCCGUGCGUGAGAAAUUGCAGACUUUUGGGAAACGCCAAAUUGUCACAAUAGGCGCCUCUGUGUUGGGAUCUCUAGAAUUGUUUUGAACAGGGCCCAGGGGUCGAGAUGGAAGUUUGUGUUGACCUAGCCGGCAAUAGGAGAAGAUUUGGAAAAAACGAAUCUCCUUGGGUUUCGGUGUUCAAUCUCUGUAAUGCAGCUAUAGGAGCUGGAGUCCUCUCCUUCCCUUACGGUUUCCGACGAACCGGCAUUGUGGGAGGUUUAUUUUUCACGGGUAUUAUCUGGGUUAUCGAAGUUUUUGCAUUAUGCCUCCUAGUUAGAGUCACAGAAAAAUAUAGCUCGCAAUCAUAUCAGCAAUUGGUAUUCUCAGUGCUCGGGUCCAAAAUGGCUGUUAUCACUUCUGUGACUAUGAUCACUUUCUUAGUUGGAUCUAUGAUCUCCUAUCUCAUGAUUACAGGAGAUGUCUUUGCACCUGUUUUUGCCGAGCUUUUCGGGGAGACCUCCGCUUUCGCUGAUCGCAGAGUUGUAAUUUUAUUAUUUACCAUCAUGCUGAUCUUGCCACAUGCUUUGAAGACUACUUUUAUGGCGUUAUAUUUCAGUAGCGUCAUAUCGGUGGCCAUGCUCAUAUAUCUGACCGUUGUGCUGGUGACUAUCGGUGCCAAAGGCCUCAUAGCAAACGGCUUCCCUUCAGAUAUACUGAUGUGGGAAUCUGGUAGACGUGCAUUCAUCAUCAUAGACAUCGUCGUCUUUGCCUUUCAGUGUCACAUUCAGGUUGUCCCAAUCUUCGCCGAGCUUGCUGAGCACCCCUCUCCUUUUUUCGGUGAUGAGAAAGGCCUCCUGGAGGAACGUCUUCUGGAUGAGGAGGUUAUAGCGCAUAUAUCCUCGAGACAGAGAUCAGAAAGAGUGAAGCGUAUGGAUGGAGUCAUUUUUACUUCCAUGUCGUUGUGCGUCGUCUGCUAUUGCCUGGUUGGAUUGUUUGGUUAUUUGAUUUUCCCAGAUGUAGAAAGCGACGUUCUGAAGAGUUUCGGUGACAACAAUGGGUUCUUGAAGUUUGCUCGAAUUGGCAUGGCUGUGGUAGCAAUGGUCUGCUAUCCGGUACAGUCACAUCCUGCAAGAUCGAUUUUGGACGACUUUGUCAAGGCGUUCAUGAAGGCACCUGUGGCUGCUUUCUCAGUGGUCCGACAGACUUUACUCACUCUCUUACUAGCGGGUUGCACUUUGACAGUUGCACUCCUUACCAACGAUGUUGGAACGGUAUUCUCAGUUCUGGCGUCAUCGGGGGGUGUCAUGGUGGUGUUUAUCAUUCCCGGACUACUGCUAGUUAGAGGCAUACAUUCUGCACCGGUUGGAUAUACCGACCAUACCUUGGUUGCAGUGGAAGGAUACACCCGGAGAACUAGGACUACCACCCAGAAGUUCGUGCAGAUUGUUGGAGGCACUCUUAUGCUAGCCUUAGGAAGCCUGACAUACAUUGCCACAUGUUACGUCGCGGCCACGGGCAUGGAAUCGGACUCGGACUGAAAAGGUUAAGCUCAUCAUAUAUGAGAAACUGUAGCCCCUACUUAGCUCGGUCAAAACUAUAACAUCCAUGGUGAUUUGCUUCUCUAACUGUACAAUACUUCCUCCGAAUCAGAGAAACUGAUGUCAAAACACUUUCCGCGAGUGACGAGGUUGGACAUCCAAUUCCGUCCAGACCGUAAUCUUCAUGAUCGAUUCGGUCAACCAUGACAUGACAUGACAACCUUGAACUGUCAGCGACUCACAUAUCAAGUCACAAGGCAGAACACUGAACUCAACUCUCCGAGCUUUCCAAACCGCGGAGCAGCGUCUGAAUGUAUUCCGCACUCGUGCAAUUCAGUCCGCACGUGGAGAUUGCAGAUCCUUUUUCUUUCCUUCACAGCUAAGGUGUACAGUCGGGUGCAUCGUCCGACUCUCGCUGCUACAACUUCUCGCGAAAUUACUCUGAAGAAUCAAACAGAAAGCAGUGCCUUCGCGACGGAUUCACGUCAAGCAUACAUAACAGAACUGCGACGAGUUGCGCUCCCUUCAAUCAUUCGAUAUGGAAUACUGCACGCCUGAAUAAAUAACGAGCACGCGGUUGCUCUUUCUCCUUUGACUUCAAAGUUUGUCUGCUACUAGUCGGUCGUCUGGAUACUGUCUGCGACACACAAUCUCAUGCUCCUGAGCAUCAGGAUGCAUUCGCUGUGUACCUGGAUGCUGAGAGAAAAGAUCCCUCGAGUGAAACCUCUUGACUCUUGGGAUUAAGCGGGACAGGGUACAACUUGGGACCUCUCAGGGUUCAAAGGAUCCAGCCAUGUCCACGCCUCGGAGAGGUGGAUGGAUGGCAGAUCGUCCAUGACUGCGGGGACUCGUAUUGACUCCAACAGUGUUGCGUGGUGAGACGUGGCUGCUGUGGAGAGUGAGAGUCCAAAACAGGAUUUGGAGCUUGACUCGUGCUGAGGCAAUGGUUGCGGAUUGGGGCACAACGACCGCGCCUAGGCUGGGAGCCCGGCUCUCCUAGGGGCAGAGAAGAUCGAUUAAAACAUGGAAAACGCUUGACAAGUCUAAACGGGUGCCAAGCAGGUCCGUCUUGUUGUGGACUGUGCUCGUCCAGUGGAUUUUGGGAUUUCGACACACGCUUACUUUUGGAUCGGGUCAAACAACAAUUCUGAUGUCCUGAUCUGUAGAAUGAACAAAUCGCGUCACAGUGGAGAUGCACACGUGCACAAAUUGGUGACAUCAGAAUCUCUUGUACUAUCGAGAUGGAACUGGCAGCUCAACAUGACCGACAUGCUUCUGCAGGAAUGCUGUUUUGU